GAAUCUUGCUGAAAUGUUUACUCGAGACCAGGACGUAAGAAUGUGCCCGUUAUUACCAGAUAGAUUUGGUUUAGUCAUUAUGAUCUAGAUAUUUUGUGAUGCUCUUCAUUUUAUGAUGCGAUUCUCUUAUGAUCCUCUUUAUUUUCCUUUCAUACUUUUGUGAUGCGGAUCCUUCUGAUAGUAUACAAAUGCUGCAAGUCCUCUGUAUCUUUGCACUUAUGAUCUGCUACAUCCAUUGUCUGUCACUCAUUUGUGCCCAGAAUAUUUUGUAAGUAAAAGCUUCGAAGAAACUGUUUAUCAUCUCCAGCCUGUAUUUGGAUAACCAACAUUCUCACUACCCAAAAUUAAACGAACACGCGGGGGGAAAAAGCGUCCUCCAACAAUUGGUGACCCCGACGUGAUUUCGGACUGAGGUGUUGGUUGACAGAUAGAACAUCGGCCGGCCAACAAUUGACAAGUUCUGAUGGCAUACGUGGGAUAUUGUGGCAUCAAGGCAUCAAAGCAUGCCUGAAAAAGAACAAGAGAAUGAGAAAGAACAAUUGAAAGAAUGGAUGAGGAAAAACUGUGAGAAUGGAUGGUUUCCUCCAAUGUCUUCAACUGCGUGUUUUGUGGCAUUAAUGAAGAGAGUGUUGGUCUGGUACCGUCAACACCCAAAGUGCCCUCCGCGCCGCCUCCUUAUUUGGAGGAGAAACAUCUUUCGGGGUUGUCUCCAAAUGACCCAUAUGUACCACCUUACCAUGAAGCCAGGAAAUUUCAGGCUCCAGUGUUGAAUGUAGCUGGCGCUCGACUUGAAGUAGAUGUAGGUGAUCAAACGUCUCUCACUCGCUUACAACAAACAUCAAACAUGAAUACGGUUGCAGUAACUCUGGUUGCUGGAGUGACCACCGCCAUUAAAGAAUUAGAAGGAAAAUUGGACAAAGUUGUAGAUUUGAGAGCCGGCCCAUUUACACGUUUGAAUCAGCUCGGAAUGUACAAGGCGGAAUUAAAUAGACACCAAGAGGUUCCACAAAAUAUUAGAGAUCAACUUGAGAGAAUCACCACUGAACAUGAAGACAGAGCGAACGCUAAAGUGGAAGAGCAGAAACGUGCCCGCUGAACAAGAAGCAGCCCAACUGAAGAGAGAACAGGAAUUUGCUGUCUACGCUGGUAGAGGCCCUUCAAGUGGGGAAGUGGAAAACAGGUUGUACAUUGAUCAGUUACAGAACUAAGUAGCAGAAUUAAAGUGUCAUGUCCAGAAUAUUUCAGGUGUCCACCACGACUCUGUUCUGGAUCAAACCGGAGGUCCUGAAGACCCCGAGAAAUCUUCCGAAGGUCCAGCUUCUCCUCAUCGGCCUGUGACUCAUUCCCAAAUCUUACAGGCUCACAUGUUGGCCAAAGUUGAUCCGGCUAUUGGUAACUCUGCUAUGUUUUACAAACCUUUCUCUCCCACUGAUGUGAGUAUGCUGAUGCAGAAACUUCCACCUAUGCGAUCUGGUGGUGUAAAUUGGCUUCAAGCAGUGCAGAGAGCGGUUACAGGACAAAUGUUAACAGCAGGUGAUAUCCGUGUCCUUCUUACACAAUCAUGUCCGCUUUCACAGUUGAAUACUCUGAUGCAAAAUUCAGGUUUUUCUUCUCUCACCGAUAAUCAGGCUCUUACACAAGAAAAUUAUUUGAUCUUGUCUACAGCACUGGAUGCUUUGUUUCCACUUCCUGAGUGUGUUAUUUCAGAUAUGGUGUUUUCUCCCAAAGCAGUUGAGGAGGCCGCAGCUUUUGUUGACCAAACCCUCACUGAUUAUACUCUGAAAACAGGACACGCUCCUACGGCCCACGCCUUGCAUUCGCAAGUGUUCUGAGCAGCCAUUUUAAAGGGUGUUCCCAAUUCUGUGGCGCAGGCCAUAAAGGCCAAUCCAGACCUUCCCGGUGCUGAGGUUGACCAGUGGUUGUCACAUCUUAAACAUCAUUUAAGGAGAUAUGCUAAAGAGAAAGAAUCUAAGGUAGACAAACACAAAAGUACAGAAACACAACUUGCUAUGUUGCAGUUGAAGAAGCCACUCAUGCUGUGAUCUCAUCUCCCUCUGUCGGUUCUGAGUGCAUGAUGUAUCAAGCAGGUUCAUUCAUAGGUCGAGGUGCGCCCCCUGGUGGCCGUGACAUGUGCUUCAAUUGUGGACGGCCUGGUCAUUGGGCCCACAGUUGCAGACAGCGACCUCAAGUGUCCGGAUGGAGAGGCUGAGGCAGAGGUUAACAACCUACACGUGGCUACAAUCUACGAGGUUACAACCAAUCCCGAGAGAGAGGACAUCUUACACAGCACCAGCAGCUACCGCAGCAGCAACAAGAAUAUCCCUCAGUGCCAUACCAACAGUAUCUACCACCCUCUGGUGGACAGUUUCCGCAAUGAUGGUGCCCUGAAUUCACAUGUUUAGGCCUGCAGGAGCCUUUGAUGAUCCUGACGGUAGGAGGAUUAACUUUAUCAUUUAUGGUCGACACAGGAGCUCGGCCUUCUACUAUCACAGCCCUGCCACCUGAUACCUCUGUUACCAGGAAAACCAUCUCACUUGUUGGAUUCAAGGGUGAAGAAAUUGCCCUGCAAUUGACAACUCCAGUGACUGUUCAAUGUUUUUCACAGACUUUUUUUGCAUUCUUUUGUGUUUGCACCUAACUGUCCAGUCAAUCUUUUGGGCAGAGAUCUACUCAUCGUCACUUGCCCUCUCAUCAAAUGCAGCCCUGAUGGAUUUAUCCUGGAAUUUCCGGAUGGUAACACCUACUGCUGUUCUGCCGCCUCUGCCUCCGGUGCCACCUCCCAGUUUCCGCUUGUUGAACAACACCCUGUGGCAUGCGCCACUGCCAACAUCUAUUGGGCAAGAGUGGAUAUUGACUCCAGUGGUUGGCUCGAGGCUGAGCACUUUUGGACUCUCUGGUCACCUUGAGUCCGUAAUCUCAGAUUUUAUGAUAUGGUAAUUUCAUUGCACUCUGUACUAUGACAGAUCAGGAGAAGAGAUCUAUAGUGAGGUAUUUCAAGACAUUGAUAACAACAUAUGGGAAUUGAACAUGGGUGAUUUGUUUGUGGGCAAACCAGCUGUUGUCUUCUCGGUGUUCUUGACUCCUGAACAACUCGAAUGGUAUAAGUUGGCAGAUCCUUCUGAUCCUUCUAUGCCUCCUUGUCACCCACAUGUCUCUUUGAUGGUUUCGCCCCAGCACACAGCGAAGGAUCAUGGUCCGUUUGUCCUGACAUGCACAGAGGCCAGAGAUUGGCAAAAUUUAUUUCACUCUCAAUUGCUCUAUUCCUCAUCACUUGCUUAUUGGAUUCAGUCUAACACAUUUUUGCCAACUUCUGUUUUGGAGCACCAGCUUCUAGAUAAGCACCAUGGACGUGAAACAACCGACAGUGACUUUUUCACUCCCACUUUGCCAGUCCCGAACCCUCACUCGACACUGUCCCAAAUUACAUCACCCCACACUCAUUUCACUUGCAUUGACUUGGCUAAUGCUUUCUUUUGCAUUCCUCUCCAUCCCUCAAUGAGGCAAUUUUUUCCUUUCACUUGGAAUGGUGUUUGUUACUCCUACAAUUGCCUGCCUCAAGGUUUUGUCCUUUCCCCCGGACUCUUCAACAACUGUCUUCGUCAGUUGCUGUCUCUGCUUGAACUGCCUAAUGGAGUUCUUCCGGUGCAGUAUGUGGAUGACCUCUUGCUGGCAGCUCUUUCUGAAACUUCUUGUCUUGAAGUCACCGGCCGGGUCUUUGCUCUCUCAUUUGGCCUCUGUUGGCCUGAAGUGUUCCAAGUCCAAACUUCAGAUUGCCUGGCCACAGGUUUCCUUUUUCAGACGAUUGAUCUCACGCCAUGCACAGGAAUAUCUCGCUCUUACAAAGACGACAUCCUUCAUCACCCAAAACCAAUGAAUGUCAAAACCAUGUUGGCCUUUCUUGGUCUUUGCAACAACUCCAGACAUCAUGUUCCAGACUUUGCUGAUGGUAAAUGACCAGGGUAUGCGGAACCUUUCUGAUAUUCUUUGUUGGACCAUUGAAGCAGAUACUUCCUUCAUUUCCUUGAAACAGCAUCUUUCCAAUGCUGCGGCUCUUGCUAAUCCUGAUAACAACCGCAUGUUUUAUCUAGAUGCAUCUGAAAAGGUCAGCUGUUUGUCUGCUGCCCUUUAUCAGAAAGGGGAAGGAGGAAGUCGACAAGUCUGUCUGUAUGCAUGCACUCCAUUGGAAAAAUAUGAGCAAAGACAUCCAAUAUGUGCUACUUUCGCAUCUGCUCUAGCCAGAGUGAUUCAGAAAACAUCUCACAUUGUUCUCCAUCACCCACUGACUGUGCGAACAUCACACAGUAUAGUCCAGUACGGCACAAGUCAAGAUUUUACCAUGACCGGAGGAAGACAGAGGAAAAUUGAGGCAAUUUUAACAUAACCACAUAUUCUCUUUGCUCAUGAAGGACUAAACAUGGCUGAAGGUCUGCUCAAAGGGGAACCACAUUGAUGUGUACAAAGAACUACGGAAGAAGUCUCACUUCGCACUGAACUCUGAGACAUCGCUUUAGAACCCGGAUUUCAUUCUUUUCACAGAUGGAUGUUGCUUCAAGGGCAACGAUGGCCUUCAAUCUGGGUUUGCAGUAACCCAACCCACAGAAACAGGUUUUGAAGAAGUACAAGCUGUAAGAAUUUUAGGCUCACAGUCAGCACAAAGAGCAGAAAUUUUGGCAUUGACAGCAGCUCUCAGGUUAGCAGAAAACCACUCAGUAAACAUUUACACAGAUUCAGCGUAUGCACACAAGACAGUUCAUGUUGCAUUAAAAGAAUGGCAGCGAAACAAUUUCCAAAAUGCAACCGGUACACUCAUUAAACAUCAGGACGACAUUCUCAAAUUGCGAGAUGCUUUACUGCUCCCAACAGCGGUAGCAGUAAUAAAAUGCAAAGGUCGCUCUCGAACUAAUGAUUUUGUAUCAGCAGGAAACGAAUCAGCAGAUUAAGCAACAAAAAAGGCUGCAGGGUACCGACCAUCACUCCCAACUAAAUGUAAGGGAGUCUGAAUGUGACAAUCAACAGGAGGUGACAAUAGAAACAGUUAAGUUGUGGCAGGAAAAGGCAAGUCCAGAAGAAAAAAGAGUGUGUAGAAGUCGAAAGGGGGUGUCAGAGAUGAGGAUGGCAUAUGGCAAAAAGAAGGUAAAUGCAUUCCAUCUCAGACACAAUUGAAAAAUCUAAUUUCUGAAGCCCAUGGAACAUGCCAUGUAGGUGUGGAUGAAACAUUGAGACGACUCCACUCCUGGUGGCAUCCUUUUAUGAGACAAAUUGUUAGGGGUGAACUGCAGGACUGCAGCGUUUGCAGUAAGUAUAACAGUAUACUUACAACAAAACCACCACAGGGAGUACACGAUCCGGAUGUGGACGCUCCUGGUCAGGUGGACAGGUUCCUUCCAAGUUACUGAGUGGACAGCCACAGCAGUACGUCUUGAAGGAAAGGGGGACACAUGGUUCCACAUCUCAUCUACACGACCCGCAGGUCCGCCUCAGGCUCAGCAAUCCCUCCACCUGACAACAACUAGAAAACGACGUCUCCAGUGGUGGCUGGCAACCAUUGAUGACAUCAUUCUCCAAGGGUUGAUUUCACGGUACACAGGCACAAUAAUCCCGGUGAAUCUACCUGUGACCAGGUAGUCUAACCCCAAGGUCCUGAAGAAGCCGACUGCGCCCCAGCUCGACUCAUCCCAGAGGAAAAGAUCUGUCAGCGAUUGAUUACUGCCGCCAUUGAGAAUGGAUAAAUUGUUCCCCUUCAGGCCCAAUGCACCAGUCCCUCCCGGAUGAUGACGCUGGGGGGGAUUGAAGUGUGUCUUCUGCUCAUAUUUAGUCAUGACUGUAUAACUCAUGUUUGAAGCAUGCCAACUCAUCAGUUAACCUUAAGUGAAUCUUGCUGAAAUAUUUACUCGAGACCAGGACGUAAGAAUGUGCCCGUUAUUACCAGAUAGAUUUGGUUUAGUCAUUAUGAUGCAGAUAUUUUGUGAUGCUCUUCAUUUUAUGAUCCAGAUAUUUUGUGAUGCUCUUCAUUUUAUGAUGCGAUUCUCUGGUGAUGCUUUAUUUUCCUUUCAUACUUUUGUGAUGCUGAUCCUUCUGAUAGUAUAAUAAUGCUGCAAUUCCUCUGUAUCUUUGCACUUGUGAUCUGCUUCAGCCAUUGUCAUUCAUUUGUGCCCAGAAUAUUCUGUAAGUAAAAGCUGUUCAUCCUC